CUAGAGGCUCCCCCUCCACCGCCUCGGAGGGGAGGUUCACAGCAUCAAAUCUGUGCCGGUGCCAACUGCGCCAACGGAACAGCCACCACAUUCCUGCAGCUUAGCCAAGAUCACCUGAAGCAGCCUGGAAUGAAACUGUUCCCCAACUAUACCCCACCGAUUCCGCCACACAACAACACCAGCUCCAGCAAUAACUCGACGCUAUCCAACAACCAUCAUUAUCACCAAAUAACCUACCAGGCGCAAACCCUAGCGCCUCUACGCCUGAACCAGGAACACUUCUCCAAAACCAAUACCCUGGGAGCAGGGAACGUCCUCGGACCUUCUCCGAACCCUCUCAACGGACCCCACAAAUACCAAACUACCCACCAUCACCACCACCAUCAUCAUCACCAACAGCCACCCUAUGACUAUCCCCACCAUCAGCAGCACUCCCACUCAGACACCGAGCUGGAUCACGACGACGACAUCACCCUGGACGAGGGCGAAGAUGACAGUAUGGCCAGCAAUAUCACAACAUCUCCAACCCAUACGCCCCAAUCCGAUGGCGAAGGCGUAGUAGUAGGUCCCAGUUCCCCACCGGAACUCCCAAUCCGGAACGGUCUCAUCGGCAGCAGCACUCUUAACCAUAAUCACAUCAACCAAAAUGGAGGCCCGAAGGGUAGUGGUCCGAUCAUCGGUACCGGUCGGAAAAUGGUGCGGCAGCACUACCAUUGAUAAGAAUGAAUUCACAGCCCACGAGCUGGUGAUAGAAUAGAGCAAAUGAAGGAGCGAGUGUUCUUGUAGUUUCUAGUUCAAGCAGCCUGUGUACAGUCGGUAUUUACCCAAAAACUUUACGAAUGUGAUUCUUUUUUUUUUGUCUUAUAUACACAAACACAAACAAACAAGCUUAAUCUAACUGUACAGCCGGUUCUCUGUAUUGUACAACUUUUGCGGUGUUGGAGAUAACCAGAAAGCGAUGGCCGUCUUUUGUCCGUUUUGAGUAGCAGCUUAAUCCUUUGAGUCGUUUUUUUUUAAUACUUUUAAACAUUUUUUAUGAGUUGGGUGUUGUGUUUCCAUUCGAAGCAAUUAGUGAACAUUCGUCUUGUUGACAAAUUUCAGGAAACAGAUAAGAUAAAUACUAAUGUUGUAAAAUGUUGUCUUCCUCCAGUAAGGUUUGAACCCACAUUGAUCAUGAAUUUUUUGGGUCUUCUUAAGGUUCUGCUUAGCUACGCCCAUUAUUCUUCGAUUUGGCGAAGUUCUGGUGUGUUGGGAGGAUCUUUACCUUGGACACAACCUGAAUUUUGUCAGCAGCAUACCACUCCAUAGCCUUUUUCCAUAAUUGCAGGAUGGCAAAUCCGGCCAAAACUACACAGACAAGUCAAAUUUCUUCAGGAUAAGCAGCAAACUUGUACCUCUGGGUUUUCGAGUUGUUGGCGUGGUAAGACGGAAUUCGCUAGCCCACUAAUGGCAUGAGUUCGAUUCCCAUCUCGGUACUGGGUAUUAACACGUUCGUCGCCACGCUCAUUUUGCUAGUUUUACUAGCCGGGCCCAAAGAAAUUUCCAGAGAGAGAAAGCAAAGAGGGAGAACUCCCAUAUUUGAAACGUGUGGCGAAGCUGAGCGGUGAACUCAAGUAAGAGAGCGUCACACGCUUUUUGAUGUGAAUGGGCCCCCUAGAAAAUACACCCGUCACCCGAAUAUGGGUGCCGUGGCGACGAACGUGUUAAAUGUUAAUCUAAAGUUGUCCACGUCAUUUAUUCAGUCUGUAAAGCCUAAAUCGGCUAAGACGGUGUAUGUCUUUUUCAAACUCUGUUGAAGACAUUCUUCCGGCUGCUAACUGAAGUCUGCCUUGGAGUAGGUUUCGUCAUCCGUUACUAGGCAAUCAAAGUUUGUCAACCAUGUCGCAUACAGCUUCAGAGAUCUUGUUUAUGCCGUAAGGUUUUGCUUAUCCUUAUGAUUUGGAGUCACACCCAUCUUUUUAAGUCGAUAGUUCGGACUCCGGAUCGUAUUUUUGCUUAAGACUCGGUUGCAGACAAUAUUCUCAACUUAUUUGCAACAUCUUGGACGGAGAGCUUGGAGUUGCGCUUGAAAGCCGGAAGAUUGCAAAAGAAAUAGAGAAAAUUCUUUGCAUUUAGAAUGGUAAUGAUCAACAUUCCCCAACUGCUUGACAAUUUGCAGCAAUUUGCAAAAAUAUGCAACAAUUCGCUCAUUUUCUAUCUCUCAAUUAGCACUGGUCUUAGCAAAUUGCCACAAAUUACCACAGUUUACCACAAUUUGUAUGAUCAUUGACGAAUCUUCUACAAUUAUCUCAGUUUUUUGUUGAAAGCGCUUUUCACUCUUCUGUUCGUCACUGCGGCUUCCGACUUUUGAUUUCCUCCUGAUUCAAGCUUCUGAUUGAUUUAGCUACAUUAAACGAUUUGGCUUUUUCUGCGUGCGUUUAGGGUAAAUGUACCCGACCUUGGCACCUAAGGCACCUUAAUGUUGAGAGCACAAUAUAACAUCCUUAGAAGAAUUUACUUGCUAACUUGCUUAGAGUUCAACAAAAAUAUGUUUUCUCUAUGGAACUUUCAUUAAUGUGAGUAAAAUGCAUGCAAAGUACUCACUGCGGUGCUCCAAUUACUUGGCCGCCGUACCAAUUGUUUGCCGUUUCGAUGAUCCGAUUCUUGACCACCAGCAAAGUGCAAUAGAUCUUUACCAACAAUGCUCAAUUGACAGUUAACAGAAUCGUUGGCUAUUCUGAAUAUAAGGCCACUGACAGAAUGACGUCAGCUGAGCGUAAAGUUCUAUGCGACGAUGGAACACCGGGCGCCACUCAUACAACAAAAAGGCUUUUGAAAACAUUGAUGAAAUUUGGUUGAAAGGGAAGCACAAAAUAAGCUUUCAUUUCAAAAAGUCGGAAGUCCAGAAAUUCCGCAAUGCGAUUGCGACACACAGGGUUAUUUUCACUACCAAACAACUGUCUUCAUAUUGUGGAGUUUGGUUUCAUAAAGUAAGAAAUUGAAAAAUUCCUUGGAUGGUAUUUCAAAAUUUUGCCCUUUUGAAUUUGUUAGCUGAGAUUAUGAGCUUCUAGCAAGAGCCAUCUCGAAUGCCCGGUGUGUUGCGCAGUGGUUUGACACGCCAAAUAUAUGUUAGAAUGUAAACCUUGCUAAAACAGUUUUUUUUAAUUCGACUCAAUCUAAUAUUUUAAGGAAUAAUUGGAAAGCAAACGAUAUUUUCCUGAACUUCCAACUUCUGUUUCCUUGAAAAAAAUUAGAACAAAAUUCCAAAAAAUUAAAUCUGAGUAGGUAUAUGGUUCCCAAGUAAUAGAAAACGAUUCCAAAACUCAAUUAAUUAUGUAUUUUAUAUACUAAAGUCAUAAAUUGCCAUCGAUUUAACAAUUUUUAGAUAAGAAAAACAUCUUAAGUCUUGUGAGAUGCUUAAUUUAACUUAGUUUUUUUUUUCUAUAUUUCGAACCACUGUGUUCUGUAGGAGACCACGUGGCUUUUGCUCGGCAGACGGCAAUGUAAAUGCUGUUCGCACGCAUACCAAUGUACCUUCGAUUCAUGGUUCCCAAAUUGCGAUUUUUUGCAUUUAAAAUGCUUGGAUAUGACUUUUAGUUAGUCGAAUCACUUAUGUUCUCCAACUUAUUUCGAAGCUUAAGUUGAUAGCAACGGUCUUAUCAUACAACCCAAUUAGUAUAAAUACAUUUGUGCGUAGUUUUAAAUGAAUUUUUAGGGAAAACAUAUUAUCAGUCCAAAAAUACCUCUUUAAUGAACGAGUAUUUUUUCCAGCUUCCAACACUGGUGGUGUAUUUCGAUUGAAGUUGCAUGCCAAGAAAAGGAACAAAAUUAGUUUUAAUUUUUAUUCAAAACCUAAAUAAAUAUUCACUCUUCAGUCUUUCUCGUAUUUUUUUAUUUUUUGCCGAGUUUAACUGUAAGCAUGAAUAUUUAUUGCAAUUUUUUCAAAUGAAUGUCCGCGUUUGAAAGCGCAUGUGAAUUUAACAGUUGCACUAGAAAGGUGAGUUCAUCUGAUUUUCAUACGGUGAUUUCCAACAUCAUUUCCUCGGAUGCAGAUCGUUAAAAAUUAACUUCUUCAUUAAAGUACAAACAAUCAAAAAAUUCGGUAUGCACAGAUUUGAAACAAUUUAUACUCUUCGCAAUGAAAAUGUAUUCAAAAUUUUUAAGCUCAAUUUGGACCUGAAAAACAUGAAAAGACAUGUUGGCAUGCCAAGAAAAGGACCAUGCCAAAAUAGGGCUCACUUACCCUAGCUUGGAUUUUUACGACACAUUUACAACAUUUUGAUUCGUUGCUCUUCUUGCUUUGAGGCCUUACUGAUAACUUGAGAUCUCAUGUAAAAUCCAAAUAGAAGCAUAAUUCUACACAUCUUUAUAAUGAGUGGUGUUCAGGUUUUUAUAAAAAAUGAUUAGAGAAAUACGGUGAAUUUUUGUGACUAUGUAAUCGAAACCCUUUGAGUUUGCUUUUCAGUCAGCAUUUGAUCAGGCUUCUAAAAUAAAUUGAAGCAUAUGUUGGUUUUCAUUAUAAGUUUUGUAUAUAAAAAUUCAAAAUUUUGAUCUGCUUAUGUGUUGCCAAUUGCAAUGGGGUUUCAAUGAGAAUGCUAUUGGUCAAAUUUUCUGAAAACCACAAAAAAAAUGGAAUCAUGGCCGCAGAAAAGACGGGGGUGUUUGGGGGUUAAAUCCCAUAGCCAUCAAAACAAAAAAAAUUGAGCAGAUUUUACAAAAAUAAUCAUGAAAGAAUUUUUCAAAGACUUAAAUACGAUUUCAAAAUUGUUUUCUAAAUUUGAUGAAAAAAAUAUUUUUUUCAACUCUUUUUUUUUAUUUUUGUUGACUAAUUUCUGGGUUUUUGGCAAAAUUUUCCCGGAUAUUAUCCGGAUUUUAAGUCUCGAUUUAGAAAUAAAAUGCCCGGAUUUUGCCAGGUCUUUCACAAAAAAUUGCCCGGGUUGUCCGGCUCGGAUUAUUAAAAUUAAAUUCAAAUUUUUGUUUCUGUAUCAAGUUUAGAAUUUUCGAUUUUCAAUUCGAAUCAUACGCAGGAAUAAGAAAUAAAAAGAUACAUCAAAUUUGAUUUCAAAUUUUAAAUAAAAUUUGAUUGGUGUUUCCCGAAACGCAAAAACCAUCCUGAGCUUUUGUUUAAUAAUCAGAAACAAAGUUCUGGAAAUUGAUUCUUAUACAAAAUUCUAACUCAAUAAAUCCUCGAAACGGUGAUCCAGAAAUGAAGAUUGAUCAUUUGAAAUUUAUAUUUGAAAUGAAAACCUACAGAUUGAAACCCAAAACUUCAAAAAUUAAAUCUGAGAUUAAUGAUUGAGGACCCUACUACAAAAUUAUCUUGGAUCAUAUUCGAAAUUUUGAUCUGGAAGUUAGGUUCAGAAAUCAAAUUGAGAUUUGGAAACAGAAUCAACAUUGCAAUUUUGAAUAUAGGUUCCGAAUUCAGAUACAGAAUUAGUAUUCAAAAUCCAAGUUGGAUUCAGCUGAUAAAUGAGUAUUAAAAUCAAGAUAAAAAUGUCAAGACGUGUUUUCCGUUGCAGAAUUCAAAUAGCAAAAGAUCGCUGACUUUAACUUUGGGUUGUACAUAGAAUUUUAAAAUUUCAGCGGAAAAUCACAAAUAUAAAGUAGAACUUGAGUUCAUUUUCCAAGUUUUGUUUCAUGGAAAAGCCUAAUUUUUAAACAUUCAAUUUUUACGUAAAAAACUGCAAUGAAUUUAAAAUUUUCAGGCUUAUUGCAAAUUGUGGUUCAUAUUGCAGACAAAUUUAAAACAAAAAUCUGAAAUUUCAACCAAUUACAUUUCUAUCUCUAACUUUCGGAAAUUUCAUUUAUCCUAUUCGAUAGUUAAUAUAUAGGAAUAUGCUCAAGCGUUUGGUAAAUUAUUAUUAUUUGAUUUAAACAUAGAAUAAGUUCAGUUCAAAUUGAUGGCUUUCUGCAAUCUACCCCUAGCUAAAUUUACCAGAGUCUUGAGAAGAUGCGAAGAUUUUAAACGUCGAUUAAAGUAAUUUCCCGAUGUCCUAGUCAAAUAGUACAAAAAACUUUUUUUUAAAAUUUUGUUUUAUGAAGUGUUUGAGUAAAAACAUUAUAGAAAAAACUAACCCCUCCCCCCCUCCAUGAGGCGGCUCUUCUUACGGCCCACAUUGGGCCAGGAACCACACUUUUGCGAUCAAAAUUGACUGCAGGCCAGAGGCUUCGUUGUAGCUCAUCGGUGUCUUGGACAAAAUUACUUGACUAUAUUUGCGCUAUGUAUUGAUGGAUUUGCAUUGGUUCUAUUUUUCUCCGCAAGGUGGCGCCAAAAUCUUACUUUUCACAGAAGCAAGAUACAGACAUGGUUUCUUUUACAAAGUUACUCAUUAUACCUUUUAUAUCAACUUUGUAGAACAUUGUUAAGCUCUAUGUUGUGUACUUACCUUGCAGAAAUAAUAAUUUAGGGAAAUCUUGCAAAAAAAUGGUUAAAUUCACCUAUUUUUGUUUUUAGCUAUACAAUACCUGAAAUUUCCACAGUAUUCGAUUGGAAUAGAUACAAAUGAGAUAUUCUAGUGGAAAACUUAUUCGUUUCGCAGAUUCUUUCUGUCAAAAUCGCAAACAAUAGGUUAAAAUUAUACAUUUUUCAAAUUGCAAUAACUUGCUUGCGAGCAGUUUGGCGCACCUCAUUUUUCGAUAAAUGACAGUUGUGAUUAUGAUCUAAAUGCAUGUUAAAAAUGUCGGUGGGUUCUCGUGGGUUCCUUGAUAAAUGAUUUAAUAAAAUUGGUUAAUGUUCAAUACAAAUUCACGUAUUUUAAGACCUUUUUCAAAGAAAACAUCCGAAUUUCUCGUAGAAAAGCCGAAUUUUCAUCAUUCAGUUAUUGGUCGCUGCAGUCGUUGCAUUAAUAAGUAA